AGUAUGGUGAUGUGGCAAUGAUACGUAGAAUUGUCAAUAUCUGUGCAACAACUGUUGGUUAAAAAAACAGAAACACGAAGUGAAAGUCAGUGUAAGUGAAGCAGCUGAUCAUCGCCUCUCUUUAUAGUUUCUUCAAGGGUCUCUGGUUCCAAUUCCCGAGACAGUGAGAGAGAGAAAGAAUCUUGUUUUAUUUUUUUGACUACUCAAUUCCUCUCAGUAGCUAAAAUCAAGAACCCUUUUGAUCUCUCUUCCCUUAUCUUUUUAUAUGGCGGCUGAGCCGGCGGUGACGACGGCGUUCCCUGGCUUCAAAUUCUCACCGACGGAUAUCGAACUCAUAUCUUAUUACUUGAAACGGAAGAUGGAUGGUUUGGAGAAGUCCGUUGAGAUUAUACCUGAAGUCGAUAUUUAUAACUUCGAGCCUUGGGAUUUGCCUGAUAAGUCCAUCGUUAAAUCGGAUAGUGAAUGGUUCUUCUUCUGUGCUCGUGGUAAAAAGUAUCCCCAUGGUUCACAGAACAAAAGAGCAACCAGGAUGGGAUAUUGGAAAGCCACAGGAAAGGAACGUAAUGUGAAGUCGAGUUCUGAGGUCAUUGGAACAAAGAGGACGCUUGUAUUCCACAUUGGCCGCGCGCCAAAAGGUGGAAGGACGGAAUGGAUUAUGCAUGAGUAUUGCAUGAUUGGAGUAUCACUGGAUGCUCUGGUUAUUUGCCGACUUAGGAGGAAUACUGAAUUUCAAGGGGCUACAAUUCAAAAUCCACCACAGCCAAGUUUAUCGUCUGACAAGCCCGAAAACUUGCAGAAUGAAGCUAUUUUAGAAAGUAUUUCUGGUUGGGAAAAUAUGGUUGAUUUUUACUUAUCAAGUGAGUCAGGGCAGGAACUACUAAGUGAAAUAGCAGAAUCUUCACAAUCUUCACAAAAUCCACAGGUUCCUAGUGAAGAAGAUUUCUAUGCGGAUAUCCUGAGGGAUGAAAUAGUAAAGCUAGAUGAUCCGGCGAUAUUGGGUAAUACACUGACCAAUGUCCCAAGGCUUCAAACAGAGUCCAACACCACAAGAGUACUACCUUUACCUGACAUGGUAGACAAACAAAUGCAAUCCCUGCUACAGAAACUACCAUUACAAAAUGACACUGGAGAAGAAAACAACAUAUCCAUGUCAAAUUGCUUUAUCGGUAUCUACUCAAUUAAGUCUAUAAACCGAGCGCGAUGGGACGUUGUUGUUUGGUUACUGGUUAUGAUAGCCGUGUUGGUGUUUUAUUUAGUGUGAGGCCAAAGAAGACAACUUCUAGGCAGUUUGCUUGGUUUUUUCUUAAUGUUGAGAGAAGAUGUUGUUCUUGCUAGGCUUAGUUUACGUGUAGCAUCUAUGUGUUCUAUGUAUGAACCUAUGAGGUUCUCGAGAUCUAUGUUCUGUAUAAGGUAGAUUUAUGAAAUUCUGUAUAAGGUAGAUUUUCUAUCUUUAUAAAUUCAUUAUUUUCAAUAAGAUUUGGGUUUUCAGUUUGACAA